AUGGCCCCGAUGACACCACCUUCCAAGCUUGACACCCGAUUUUUAAGAGAGGAGUAUAGGAAUUACAUUCUCGGCGAUGCUCGAUUAUUCCAGGAGGCCGUGUUCACCUACACGCAAAUCUACGGAAUAGUGGAGAAUGUUCAAGCCGUUGUGUUGGAUAAGCUCAUGAAGGUCGAAUACGUUGAGCGAUGGCUUACUUCGUUUCCGUAUACCACCAUGUAUGAGCAUUUUCACGAAAUGCGUCGAAUUAAUGUUGACGCGGGAAUCGAUCCACCAUUCUACUACUUCGAUCAAUUUCGCGAUUUUCUCCAUGAGUUCCGUCUCAUCUUUAAAUUGAAUAUUUCCGCCUGCCCAUGCACCGAAUAUUAUUCCGACAGACGCUUCAUGCAAGUUUUGGCGAAAAAACUGCUCAACAGCGAGCCAGUUCGUGUCGACAGUUUGAUGUCAAUCGCCUAUGAAACGUUUCCGCCAUCGUUGCACGUGGCAAAAUCAUGCGAGACGUUUCAUCAUGAUUCGUUUUUCGCCAAUAUCACCGGAACUGGCGAUAUUCUCCGAAAAAUUAUUGGCGAAUUUUUCCAACUCGAUCCUCUCGGUCAAUUCGUUGUGAUCACACAGACGGGUCUUGAUAAUUUCGCGUUGCGCUGCGAUCUGUGCUGCCCAACGAUGCUCUCGGCGGUGUACUAUCUCGAUCUCAGCCGCGUGUUCCGCUUUAGGGGACGCAUCACCAAAUUCAAGGAUAACUGCGUUGUGGUCACCAUCGGGCUCAACAGCAUUUUCUCAGAUUAUAAAAUAAUCUGUUCGUGCGACGACAUCGUUGAUAUUGGGCAAUCGGUGCAAGUCUAUUGCUCGUUCAUCAACCACGACAAAUACAUGUUCAAAGGACGCCUCCUGCUAAAUUUUAUGGACGAUUCCGCAUUUGAGCUACUUCCACUGCCUGUUCGUCCGCCAGCGCCUGUCCGAGAUGGUCAUGUCUCGCCGCCGGUGAUCGAGUCCGAGGAGGAGAAGUCGCCGGACGAUGACGACAUCGACGAGCCCGUGGCAAACAAUCGACGAAAUCGCGAUGAUGUCAUCGUUUUAGCUGCUAAGCGAGGCGGAAAAGGCUUUGGACGAGGUGCUAGCAAUACGAGAGCCGGCGUGAAAAAUAGAAGCGCGAGUUCAUCGAAUGCCAAAAGCAAGUCCAACAGCGGCGGAUUGCUCUGGAAUUGGAAAUCGAGACCUUCUUCGAAUCGUCAUUCAUCAACAUAUUAUUAUCAUCAUAAUCAUUACUAUGAUGCUGAUGAGCGCUAUAUUUAUUCGAGAUUCAAUCGAAAUCGAUAUCGAAAUGACAGAAGACAUGAAGGUGGACCUCAGCCAACAGAAAAUCAAGCUGCAAUAAUGGAGAAUGAGCGAACUAGACGACUAAAGGGCAAAUUUGGCAGAAUUUUGAAAGUUUUGAUGAAAACGCAACAGAAUGAUACCAAGUAUGCGAACAAUUUUGAGAAUAAAGGUUUCGACGCGAUUCCGAUUGUCAGCAGGAUUCCGGUCUUCACCGACAGCCGAUUUUCGGAUAUCAAUAUCUAUGUUGAUGGAAUGGCAAAAGAGGCGGAGAUUAUUCAGCAAAUUGUAAUGGACACCUGGAACACGAGUGAGGCUGGAUCAAAAUAUCGCAUCUUCGAAGAUGUUAGGAAUUGGACCGAUGCUCAACAGCAUUGCAGUUCGUUUGGAGCAUACUUGGCGAUUGUGGAUAGCGAUGCAAAGAAUGAAUUUGUGAAAGAUCUUCUUCGCGAAACUCCGCCAUCCUUUGAAUAUUCUUGGAUCGGAUUGAGAACGGUGCUUAACAAGAAUAUGACGGGAAGAGAAGAAUGCACAAUGAUCGAUCGCGUUGGUAAUUGGACGAUUGCUGAUUGCUCUCAAAAGAAUUCCUUCGUGUGCCAAGUGAUUCGAAUCGGUGGCGCUCUUGACAUUCAAUCGGACUCCAACAGCACUCUAAUUGAGAAAUAA